UCGGCGCGCACUCCCGGAAGCGCUGCAGAGCCCGCCUUUCUAGAAUCCCGGAGACGCGUUGCCGCCGCCACCGCCGCUGCCGCUCCCCGCCACCACUGCUGCCGCCAUCCCCGCCCCCCUGAGCCUGUCAUGCCGAAACACGAGUUCUCUGUGGAUAUGACCUGUGAGGGCUGUGCUGAGGCCGUCUCUCGCGUCCUCAACAAGAUGGGAGGACUGGAGUUUAACAUUGACCUCCCCAACAAGAAGGUUUGCAUCGAGUCUGAACACAGUGUGGAUGCCCUGCUGGCAACCCUGACGAAAACAGGAAAGACCGUGUCAUACCUCGGCCCCAAGUAGCCGGAACCUGGAGCCCCAGCCCACAGGAUGGACCAAAGGGGGCAGGUGGGUGAGGCCCUAGCAUUCUCAUCAGGG